AUUGCUUUUUCCUUCUUUUUCUUUUCUUGUUCUGUCAAAAUCAUUCUCAUGGCUAAAGCUACACUCGAACUUAAAUACAAACGCCUUAAAGUUGGACAUGCUUGUUAUGUUUGUAGAAGCAAGAAAAUAAAGUGUGAUGGUCUUCGACCUUGUAUGCAGUGCAAAGCCAGAGGCCGAACUUGCGAAUCCUCUAAUAUUGAAGCGCAGGAGAAUAACGAAGACCAUCUCAGCACAACAACAGUCGAGUCAGACAAUGAUUCCAUCUUGUUCUCUACUUCAGAUAACAUGGCUACAACACAGGAAACUUGUUCAGAAACCAAUAUGUCCUUUUUUGAUUAUCCAAGAUUUGGAAGCUCCAUUCAAUGGAAACAAGAACCACCAUUGCCUUCAAAAUACUCUUGUCCUAUUGAAAUGCCUUCCGGUGAACUACAGAUGCAAAUGAUUGACCUGUUCUUUAGAAAGCGACAUCGCAUGCUUCCCAUCUUACCAAAGAGCUUGUUCUAUGAACAAUUGCGUCUCAAAGGUCCAUUGAUUACACCACUAUUAUUGAAUGCUAUUUAUUGUGAUGUUAGCAGUUUUGCCCCUCAUUGUGGCUUUCAUGAAGUGCCGAAGCCCUCCGUCUUUUUCAAUCGUGCCAAGAAACUCUUGGAUGACUUCCUAGAUAGGCCAAGAAUAAGCACAGUAGUCGCACUUUGUUUGCUGUCCAUGCAUGAACCAAACCCCACUAAACUAAAAUCAACAACAGCGAAUCAACAUUGUCGUUUGUGGAUGUAUGGUGGCAUGGCAGCCCGCAUGUGUCUUGAACUGGGUUUGAAUAUUGACACGCCUCGUACUCGGGGUAUGCUUUCUGAGGAAGAAAUUGAACUUCGCCGACGAGUCUUGUGGUCCUGUUAUUUUCUAGAUAAAACGCAAAGUAUGUAUUCCCAGCGCCCUUGGUCAUUGUCUUCUUCUAGUAUCAAGACCCAAUUGCCUUCCGUCUUGUGUCCUGGUGAUCAAGAAGAGGCUAUCAUAACCCAGUUCCAACACAAUGUCAAGCUAUUUAUUCUUUAUGAACAAGGUUUGCGCAUACAUGCUUCCUAUGGCAUUUUUGAAGACAUCUCCAAAGAUACUUUUAUGGAACAAAUCGAAAAAUACAGACUUAAGAUAUUACAAUGGGGAGUCAAUUUACCUAUUCGUCAUGAUGCUUCUGUUCAAGAUGUGAUCAAUGAACCAACUAAACUGGCCUCAACAGCAUUCCUUCAACUGUUCUAUUAUUUUAUGUUAGCAGACAUACUGGCUUGUUUGCCUCAAACGAAUACUACUCACUUGGAAGAACGUAUUUAUGCAUCCCAAAUGGUCAAAUGUGUUGAAUCCCUAUUAGAAGAUCCUAGUAUGGUACCUCGGUAUCAGCUUUUGAUUUAUGCCUUAACUUCUGCUGUCCGUAUUCAUGCCCGCUUCCUCCGCCACUUGGAUACACAGGUUUCUCAGCAGUCUAGGCAGUUUUACAAUCAGAGUAUGAGCCUAUUUCAAAAGAUUCAAAAAUAUGCAUCCAUUCCUGAAUGUGCUACAGUCCUUCAACACAUGUCAGCCUAUAGUGAACAAGAAAACAAAACAACAACAAACAAUACUACCACACAGCCACUCUCACCGCCAGAAUAUGCUUUGCCUAUGGACAACUCUGUUUGGAACACACCUCAAGAUAUGUUCUCAAUAGAAGACUGGACUAGUCCACAACUAUCGACUAUUAGUCAACCUUAUUUGUACACUUCUCCUACAUCUCUUUUGGACUCUCCCUUUUUACCUUGCCAUUCAUUCGAUAACAAUAUUUUUGUACAGCCAAACGACUUUAAUUCCUCUUUCAUGAUGCCUUCUGUAUAUAACCACUUUGUAUAAUAAUAUGAAUCAUAAUAGUGAUAAUAAUAAUAAUAAUAAUAAAAACAUGUAUAUUUUGACAUGACGUAUGUGGCACACAAGUACAAGAAAGUUUUAAUAAGGUAUACAA